AUGUUUGCUAAAAUUGUUGACAUUUUCAAUAAACUUCAUCCUGAUGAUAAAUAUAUCUUCUGGCCGGACUUGGCUAGCUCACAUUAUGCUAAACAAACAACAGAAUGGCUUAAUGAGCGAAAGGUAGCAUUUGUGCCAAAAUGUGCCAACCCGCCAAAUGUUCUAAAAGCUCUACCAAUCGAGGAUUUUUGGUCGAUAUUGGCUGAUAAAGUGUAUAAUGGAGGUUGGACAGCUACGAAUGAGAACCAAUUAGUCAACAGAAUUAAAGCGUAG